AUGCACUUCACCAAUACUGCUGUUCUGCUGCUUUCUGCCGUCAUUUCCCUGGCUGCGGCGCUGCCCGCUACGCCUCAAGUCGAUGUGGCACUGGACAAGAGGGCCCUGGUGGAUCGUACGUACGCCGAGAUCCAGAUUUCUGAUGGUUUAGCUGGCAACGCUGCCGCCGAGGCUAAGGGCAAGUUCCCUGUUGACCCAGCGACGGCCUCCGCAGCAGACCUUCAAGUUGUCAAGAAAGCAGCACAGCUGGUAGGCGAUGCUGAGAACCUAGCAUUCGUCCCAGCAAACGACAAGUCACAGGAGGCUUCCAACGGGUUCAUCAAGAACAAGGUCCUGAAGAACUACUUGGGCCUGCUAUCCCUGCAGAUCCAAAAGGCCCAGGGCGCAAAUGUGGCCAACAUUGAUACCCGCAUCGCAGGAGAGCAGACGAAGCUUGACAAGAACACCAACACCGACAAGCAACAUGCGGGCCAGGCGAGCAAGGGUGUUCAGUUCAAUGGUUGA